UACUUUAGAAAUGCAAUAUUUUCAUGAUGGUGACAAAUAAUCACAUUGACCACCUUCUUCGUGCUACACUCAUAAUUCAAACUUUUCUUCCUCCGACCAUAUGGUCGUACAUGCACUAAAAUUUACAUCAAGUCACUAACAAAGAUCAGAAAAUACUCUCUCUUCCAUUCCAUACCCUCUUCGGUUUUAUCCUUGUUUUUUCUAUUCCACAUUUAUGGCAGUACAACGCACGAUAUCAUUACUCUUAAAGCUUCUCUUAAAAUAAUAAACAAAUGUUCUUGAGCUUUAAGUCGUGAUCUAAUGAUAAUAGUAAGUAAUAAUAGUAAUAGGAGGUAGAACUGGGUUCUACUAUUAGUGUGUCGAGGCAGCUUAUAAGAAGAAAUGAUAACAUAGUUUGCUGAAAGCGUUGUGGAUGGUUGUGAAAUGGAUACGUAAUGUUGGUGAUAUCAGAAAGUUGAAAGCAAUCGUCAUCAUGAAUAUGGACCUACUUAUUGUAUAAAGCUAUUAGCUGUGUUAGGAUGAAGAAAACUACCAUCAGUGGAAAUGUUAUACACAUAACUAUCAAUGGAAACGUGUAGUACGAGUUGACUGUACAUAGGCACAGUCUUUUCCUAUAAAACCACAUUCAUUUUCAUCAUUUAGAACCAUCCCUUCCCUUUCAUUCACCUUCUUCUUACUUUUCCCUCCCUCACUAUUACCUUCACAUGUUGCCAAGAAGUAGAACACUACCCACCAGAAUGCACCAAGGAAUUGUAGGAACUAUAUGUUUGAAUAUCAUACGCUUCUGCUACUUUUGUAUAUGUAUUCGUUUACUAUUAUUUACGUUCAUUCAUUGUUGAUGUUCACUGGUUUACUACAGAUAGAAGAGAGGCAAGAUGUGAAGCACUACUUACAAAAUACUCAAACGGAGACUGUUGCUGUGAAUAUUCAGCCUAACUAUUCCAAAUGCUUCGAUGAUGAUGGUCGUUUGAAGAGAACAGGAACAUUUUGGACCGCAACUGCUCAUAUCAUCACUGCUGUGAUAGGGUCUGGAGUCCUUUCUCUUGCAUGGGCAGUAGCUCAGCUUGGUUGGGUUGCUGGACCUGUUGUCAUGUUUCUCUUUGCUUUGGUCAAUCUCUACACUUCCACCUUACUAACACAGUGUUAUAGGACGGGUGAUUCUGUUACAGGACAGAGAAAUUACACCUACAUGGAGGCAGUAAAGUCCAUCUUGGGAGGUAAAAAGGUCAAGUUAUGUGGCCUGAUUCAGUAUGUCAAUCUGUUUGGAAUUGCAGUAGGGUAUACCAUUGCAGCAUCUGUCAGUAUGAUGGCCAUAAAAAGGUCGAAUUGUUACCAUAACAGUCAUGGAAAAGAUCCCUGUCACAUGUCAAGCAAUGGGUAUAUGAUAACAUUUGGAAUAGCAGAAGUGAUUUUUUCCCAAAUCCCAGACUUUGAUCAGGUGUGGUGGCUAUCCAUAGUUGCAGCUAUUAUGUCCUUCACGUAUUCUUCAGUUGGAUUGAGUCUUGGCGUGGCAAAAGUAGCAGAAAAUAAAACUUUUAAGGGAAGCAUGUUGGGGAUUAGCAUUGGCACUGUGACACAAGCUGGAACAGUAACUGCCACGCAGAAAAUAUGGAGGAGUUUACAAGCUCUGGGGGCAAUGGCCUUUGCAUACUCUUUUUCCAUUAUCCUCAUCGAAAUUCAGGACACCAUAAAAUCUCCUCCUGCAGAGCACAAGACCAUGAGAAAAGCCACGGCUUUGAGCAUCGCAGUUACCACAGUGUUCUAUUUACUCUGUGGAUGCAUGGGUUAUGCAGCCUUCGGAGACAAUGCACCCGGAAAUCUCUUAACUGGUUUUGGGUUUUAUGACCCUUAUUGGCUUCUGGACAUUGCCAACCUUGCAAUUGUUGUGCACCUAAUUGGGGCAUACCAGGUUUUUUCCCAGCCCUUAUUUGCAUUUGUGGAAAAAUGGAGUGCACGUAAAUGGCCAAAGAGCAGUUUUGUGACGGGAGAAUAUGACAUAGCGGUUCCCUUCUAUGGGGUGUACCAACUCAACUUCUUCCGCUUAGUAUGGAGAAGCAUUUUUGUGUUGUUGACGACCCUCAUGGCCAUGCUCAUGCCCUUUUUCAAUGACGUAGUUGGACUGCUCGGAGCUUUUGGGUUCUGGCCAUUAACAGUUUAUUUCCCUAUCGACAUGUAUAUUUCGCAAAAGAAGAUUGGACGAUGGACCAGUCGAUGGAUUGGACUUCAGUUACUUAGCGUUAGUUGCCUCAUCAUUUCAUUAGUAGCUGCCAUUGGUUCCAUAGCCGGUGUGGUUUUGGACCUCAAGACUUACAAGCCAUUUAGAACUACUUAUUAA